GUUGGUCAGAUAUUGAAGGAAGCAAUAAACGAUCGUCAAAAUAACCAGUCAGAAAUAGUAAAAUUGAGAACUAUAUUGGAGCCAGUAGCAAGGGUUUUAACCUUGGCUUCAGAAAGAAGUCUUUCAGAUGCAUCUUUGAAAGUUCUAAUUGAUGGCAAAUGUGAGAAAGAUGAUGAAAGUUUACACCUGCCAAGUAAAAGAAUGGCACCUGACGCACCUGAUGCAGCUUUAAAGGUUUUUCAUGAUGACAAGAUUGAAUGUGAUGUGAAAAAGACCAGUCAACCAAAGUAUGGGCGUAUUCAGUGGACAAAAAGUACCUAUACCAUAAUGCUGAAAGUUCUCCAGGAAUGGCGCCUACUCUGCCAUGACACAUCAGAAUUUGAAAGUCUGUUUGUUGCUGGGAGCCCUGUUUGGAAAGAUGUAGCAUCAAGACUCAAGUUUAGUUAUAAGAUAUCCCCAGCUAAAUGUCAAGAAAGAUUUUCCAUGCUUUGUCGUGAGUAUAAGAGUGUUGUAGCAUUCAAUGCUCGUCUUGGACCUGGUGAACCUGCUAAGACUGUAACCUGUCAAGAAUUACUUCAGUCUGUUUUAGCUCCAUUAGUAUUUUAUGAAGCAGAAUUCGAUCCACGUGAUGACUGUGUUGUAAUGGAAGAUGUCGGAGGCUGGGGUCCGUGUGAAACAGUGGAGUUGCUGUUUACUGUAAGGAAUUAGGUUCACAUAUUCAGGCAGUUGACUGGGAAAGUGUGGAGUUUGUGGCCAAAAAUAAAAUUGAGAGGUGCAGUGUUGUCAUACCCGAGGACCAAAAGUGGACGGUUACCUGUCACCUACACUAGCAAUGGCGCCGCCAUCGCAAAAUUUGACUUUGGGUCUGCUGCAGUAGGGAAACUACAGCUAUGUCAU